CUUGCUUUUACCAGGACAAUUAUUGCACCUAGAAGACUUGGGAGCGGAAAUUGCUGGAGAGACUCAUUGUUAUAAGCAGUAGGUUCAAUUUAAAUUCGAGAAGAAGAACGUUAAUUAACGAAAACUAGAUAUGUCGGAUUACGCUUUAUCUAUCGUGACAUACGACCGCGGAGAGAGAUGGGACGACAGUAACGACAAAAAGCCAUACCACUGGUCUUUUUUCCUCGCACUUAACAACGAUAAAGUCGGGCGAGUCUGCCAGCUGCGAGGAAUGCCUGGCGGAUUUUACUACGACGGGGAAGAAAAUGAGGAUCUCAAAGAAUCCGCAGGUAUCAAGGAAAUACUUGAGGUCGGUGCUGUCCCAGCAGGGAAGAUUGAUCGGUUUAAGGAGCUCUUGAACUCUGUGCGAAUUGAAAAGAAUGAGUCAACAAAGUGGAAUUGUCAGAGUUGGUGUCUUGAAGCACUAGAACUCCUCCGUCUGGAAGGAUUCUUUUCGGAGGACUACCCCAACAAUGUUAUCCAGUACUGGCUGAGGGAAGACUGAGAAGAGCAUGAACGGCGAGCCUGUUGGAACGAGCCUGUUGGAACGAGCCUGUUGGAACGAGCCUGUUGGAACUUAAGACUUCGCUGUAGUCAUGAGUAAAGUGCUUUGUUGGUUAGAUUGUGUUGCGACUUGCAAUAUGCUUCAAUACCCAAUCUGCUUAUUUGAACUUACAAAGUUACCUUUGAAA